AUGUCAAAAACGAUCGAGUACAAGUCGGUACUGGUCUGUUACGAUGCGGAAGAGCUCAUUCGGAUCGCAAAUACCGCUCUCCAGGACCCUAAUAUAGCAGAUUCGCGCCUCAAGGAUUCCACGAUUACUUCACCUGGGGGACCGGGUGGGGCGUUUGAUGGAGACUCGGAAGGCAACAUUGUCAAAGCCUCUCUGGCUUACAUCCUUCUGCCUAUCUACGAGAUUCUCAACAUUCUCUACUAUGGCAAGUUCAAGAUGAGUACAGAAUUUUCUCAUAAGCUCCCCGUCGAACUACUUGGGGACGAAGUAGAAGAUGGAGAAGAGAAACAACCAAGAGAGUCUGUACUCCGCACCGACGAGAUAUUCGUUGUGUCGCAAGGCCAACCUGACGCAGGCAAGACCAUCUGUGUGAUAGAGUAUAAGCGGCGUAAGCUCCUGAGGUACAAGGAUUGGCGGAAGGCUAUGCUCCCUCCAGACUACACCGACAAACAAUACGGACGAGUGAUGAAAGAUAGCCAAGGCAAGACGAGAUCUGCAUUAGAACAGAAUGCCCUAUCAUGCACCAAGCAAGUGGCUGCAUAUGCAUCGCGCACUAAAUGUAAACAUGCAGCAAUCCUCAACUGGGAUCAUGCUCUGUUCUUUGAGUUUAAUAAGUUAGUGGGAGCGCUCAAAAAUUCUGCCGGAGAAGAAGCAAACUUGAUCUGGGCCACUGAGGACAUGGAAUUCAAGGAAAAGUAUGUGACCCACGAUUUUCUGCGAAAAGUUAUGCUAGGGUGGACCCUUCGAGCAUUCAAGGACCGGUUCGGUUACUGA